AUGUCGUCCGCUGCCGAUAAGUCAAGGCAGUCUUCUGGCGGCAGAUCCCUCUUCUCCAGAGGCAAGCACCGCGCCGACAAGCGCUACACCGACAUCGAUCCCAAGAGCUCCUCAGAUCAGUUCGAAACGGCGUCCAUAAUUUCUUCGCGCUCCUCGCGCCACAAGCGGGAGUCGUCGUCGAUUUCGAUCGACCAACCCAGUUCUCCUGAUGCUGGCAUCAACCAGAUGGCGGGUGUGAUCACGUCCAUCCCCUACGACGUCCCGCCAGGCUCCCGCUCGCCAGCCGCUCACGAGUUCAUCCCCAAGCCCGACAACGUACCGCAGCGCCGCGAGCCUGUGCCUCAUCAGCUCAACCUCAGCGGCUUCGAUUACCACCAGUAUCCGUCCAUCGAUCCGUCCGCCAUGUCUUCCUCCCACCCCCACACCUCGGCGCGCCCGGGCACCUCGUCCAACAUGUCCAUCAACAACAUCACCAUGGCCACCACCGGCAAGCAGGCCCAGUACCAGCAAUGGGGCCCCGGGCCUGCAGUCGGAGCUGUGCCUGGAGGCGGCCCGGCUCGCGGGAGCACGUCCAGCUCCGCGACCAACGGCUCGUAUCCCGUGCGGUACGACUCUUACCAGAACCCUCACUAUGGACGAUCCUCAGGCGAGAGCUUCAAUAACCCUUACGGCUCCGGCCAGGGCUACCUGAAUCCGGCAUCCGCCCGCUCCUCACACACAACGCUUGCGCCCUCGCCGCCUUUGAGCUCACAUCACCAGCCUCACUCGCCCCGCGAGUCUCACCGGUUAACCAAGAUGAGCGCCUACGGCCCGACCGCUCACGAUGGUUUCUACUUCCCCAAGCCUGAUGAUAACUACGUUGUCGAGCAGAUGUUUAUGCAGCUCAUGCAGAAGCGAGGAUGGCACAAUCUUCCCGAGCAAGCCAGGAGACAGAUGACGGCCUACCCCGCAGAGAAGAAGUGGACAUUGCUGCACCAGGACCGUCUGACGGAGUGGCAAGGAGAGCAGAAACGAAAGCAGACCGCCAGGGCCAAUCAGUAUGCCACACCCGACGUAACCACCUAUUCUGAUGAGGAGGGAACCCCCGAGUGGUAUGUCAGGAGGGUCAUGGAGGAUAAGCUGGAUGCGAAGGGUAUGGGGUCUCUCGAAGUCAACUUGAGAACACAGCAGAUUGGCUGGGUGAAACGAUUCGUCGAAUGUCAGGGUCAAGUGGCUCUGGUAACAUUGCUGCUCAAGAUCAACAGGAAAAAUGCCAACGGAGGGCCAGCUUCUGGAGCGAUCUCUGCACAGACGGAGAAGAAUUUGGAUCGCGAAUACGACAUUGUCAAGUGUCUUAAGGCCUUGAUGAACAACAAAUUCGGCGCCGACGAUGCUUUGAUGCAGUCAAAGGUCCUCCUGGCCUUGGCCAGUUGCCUUAUUUCAUCUCGACUUACCACGCGCAAGCUCGUCAGCGAAAUUCUGACCUUCCUCUGCACCUGGGGCACUCACGGCGAAGGACACUUGAAAGUGAUUCAGGCUCUGGACGAAGUCAAGACUCAAGUGGGCGAGAAUGGGAGAUUUGACGCCUGGAUGCGGUUGGUGGAAGUCACCGUCGAUGGGCGAGGAAAGAUGGGCAGUCUUGUGGGUGCUAGCGAUGAGCUUCGUACGGGAGGCAUCGGAAUGGAGAACCUACUGAUGGAAUACGCGGUUGCCACCCUGAUUCUGGUCAACAUGAUCAUCGACGCACCGGAAAAGGACCUCCAGAUGAGGGUUCACAUUCGAGCCCAGUUCCACGCCUGUGGCAUCAAGAGGAUCUUGACCAAGAUGGAGGGGUUUCAGUACGAACUACUAGACAAGCAGAUUGAUCGGUUCCGCACCAACGAGGCCAUUGAUUAUGAGGAUAUGCUCGAGCGUGAGAACAGCAGUGUGAAGGAUAAUAUCGAGGGAGAUGCCAAGGACUUGACCGACCCGAUUCAAAUCGCAGACACGAUCCAACAGCAGCUACACGGAACCAAGACGCAUGACUAUUUCGUAUCCGCGCUUCAGCACCUCAUGCUCAUCCGAGCCAACGAUGGUGAAGAGCGACUACGCAUGUUUCAGCUCGUCGAUUCGAUGCUCAGCUAUGUGGCCAUGGACCGACGCCUACCCAAUAUGGACCUCAAGCAGAGUCUCAACUUCACGGUUCAGAGUCUGCUGGACAAGCUGCAUACCGAUUCUGAAGCUCGGCAGGCACUCGAUGAGGCGUUGGAGUCCCGACAGAUUGCCGAGGCCGCCAUGGCGGAGCGAGAUGAGAUGAAGGCAAAGUUGGAGCUCGGAGCCGAUGGCCUCGUGGCCAAAUUGCAGAGGCAGCUAGACGAACAGUCUCGGUUCAUUGAGGCUCAGAGGCGCCAGGCAGACGGCCUCAAAGGCGAAUUAAAUAACAUUCAAAGCGUCCGAGCCAAGGAAGCGCAGCGCUAUGAGCUUGAGACAAGAGAGCUGUAUCUGAUGCUGCGAGAUGCCCAGGACAUUGCAGCAUCUAAUGCUGUUAAGGCCAGCAGUGGCAAGCCCGGCAAAGAAACCAGCUCAGCUCAGAUGCAAGGUAUUCUUGACCGUGAACGCCUCAUGGAGCGUCUGCAGAAGCAGCUAGAGCGACAAAAGACCCAGUAUAAGCUAGAAGGCAGAAUUUGGGGAGACUCAGAUGGUCCCUCCGAUCGCCUCCGUGCCCUCAGAGAAGCCAUGGAUGGCGACGGGGAACCAGGCACCCCCCCUGGUGGCGGCACGCCACCUCGCGACUUCACUAACAGUGUUCUCGGAACCAUCCAUCGUGGUCGGAGAGCGUCCAAGCGACCGGCUAAGCUCGAGCAGCAUGCUAUUGACGAAGAUGAUGUCGAGAUGGAUGAGGAGGGUGUGGUUAUCGAGCGCCCGAGAAUCAUCGAGAUGAGACGACCAGUUGUCGAUGCAAAGCAGCAGGCACAGCUUCUCGGCGAGAUCGGUUCCAAGGUCAAGAAAUACGAGGGCAGCGAUUCCGAAGCCGACGAGGGCGCAACUACCGGCCCAUCCCACCCAAGCAUGGAGUCGUCAUCCCCCAUUACUCCGGCAGAAGGCGAGGCCCCCAAGGUCGAGAUCACCGCUGCCGGAGGACCCCCGCCGCCGCCGCCUCCGCCUCCUCCCCCGAUGCCCGGUCAACUGCCCGGCGUUCCACCUCCUCCGCCUCCUCCUCCACCUCCACCGAUGCCGGGCGCGUUCCCCGUUCCCCCACCUCCUCCACCUCCUCCACCUCCGCCCCCUAUGCCCGGUGCGAUGGGAAUGCCACCACCUCCCCCGCCUCCGCCGCCCAUGCCUGGUGUCGGAGGUAUGGCACCGCCUCCACCACCGCCUCCUGGCAUGCCUGGCGCUAUCUCCGGUCACUACUUGCCUCAGACACCCGCCUUCUCCGCCUCGCCUUCUGUUGGCUUGCCAGUGAUGCGGCCUAAGAAGAAACUCAAGGCUCUUCACUGGGAGAAGGUUGAUACCCCUGAGACCAGUCACUGGGCUGCUCACGCUCCCUCUGCCGAGGAACGAGAACAGAAGUACAAUGAGCUUAGUCGCAGAGGAAUUUUGGAUGAAGUCGAGAAGCUUUUCGUGGCCAAAGAAAUCAAGAAGAUUGGUGGAUCUGGCGGCAAGAAAGAUGAUAAGAAACAGCUUAUAUCGUCCGACCUUCGGAAAGCAUUUGAAAUCGCUUUUGCCAAGUUCUCUCAGUACUCGGUUGAAAAGAUUGUGCAGAUGAUUAUCCAUUGCGACGACAUCAUCAUCACAAAUCAGGGAAUCAUGGACUUCUUGUCAAAGGACGACAUGUGCAACAUUAACGACAACGUCGCCAAGCAAAUGGCACCCUAUAGUACUGACUUGACAGGGCCAGACGCCAAGAACCAAACGCGUGAACAGGAUCCCGAAGAGCUCACGCGACAGGAUCAGAUGUAUCUGUAUACGGCAUUUGAACUUCAUCAUUACUGGAAGAGCAGAAUGAGGGCGCUUGCUCUAACGCAGAGUUUCGAAUCAGAUUAUGACGAGAUCAGUGCGAAGAUGCAGGACGUUGUCGCUGUCUCCGAGUCAUUGAGAGAUUCGGUCGCACUUAUGAAUGUCCUUGGUCUCAUCUUGGACAUUGGAAACUACAUGAACGAUGCCAACAAGCAAGCGCGCGGUUUCAAGCUUAGCUCGCUCGCUAGACUGGGCAUGGUCAAGGAUGACAAGAACGAAUCGACGCUGGCCGAUCUUGUGGAGCGUAUUGUUCGAAACCAGUAUCCUGAGUGGGAGAGCUUCGCCGACGACAUUACUGGUGUCAUCACGGCACAAAAGAUUAACAUUGAACAGCUUCAAGCCGAUGCCAAGAACUACAUUGCCAACGUGAAGAAUGUGCAAAUGUCCCUGGACAAUGGUAACUUGAGCGACCCCAAGAAGUUCCACCCCCAGGAUCGCGUCGGUCAAGUCGUUCAGAGAGUUAUGAAGGAGGCCAGAAGGAAGGCGGAGCAGAUGCAAGUCUACUUGGAGGAGAUGAUGAAGACUUACAAGGACAUUAUGUUGUUCUACGGAGAAGAUCCCGCAGACGAGAAUUCCCGGAGGGACUUCUUCACCAAGCUAGCCGGCUUUUUGCAGGAAUGGAAGAAGUCGCGCGAGAAGAACGUUUUGUUGGAGGAGACAAGGAAGCGCAACGAAGCCUCCAUGAAGCGCAAGCAUGCGCAGACGAAAGCGGCCAGUCUCUUGGCAGACAAUGGACCCGCAUCGCCAUCGAGCACUGGCGCCAUGGACUCACUGCUCGAGAGACUUCGAGCAGCAGCGCCGCAGGCACGGGACCAGAGAGACCGUCGCCGUCGUGCCCGCUUGAAGGAUCGCCACCAGGUCCGUGUGGCCUCUGGGCAGCAAAUAAACGAUCUCGACGAGAUACCAGACAUCGAGACCAACUUCUCCAAGUCUGAGCCAACAAUUGACGAAGACGGAGAUUCGCAAACACCCGUUUCACUGCCUCCUCCCUCGCGAGAUGGCAAUAAGGAGGAUGAUCUGGCUGACCGAGCAGCGGCACUACUGCAAGAUGUGCGCGGAGGCGAUGGAAACGACGAGGCGGAUGUCGAGAGGAGAGAGACGAUGAGAAAGGCGAGGAGGCAGACGGCAGAGGAGGAACGGAGGGCAAGAAGAAGACGGAGGGAGAGGGCCUCCAGCACAGUAGACGGAGCUAAGGAUGAGUCUUCUAUUUUAUCGGUAUCAGAGGAUAUCCCACCCACGCCAACACUUGACGUGCCGAAGCAAGAGGAGGAGGCUACAACGCCGACGACACCGGAAGUAAAGGCAGAUUCGAAGGAGGAAGAAAACGCUGGCCAAGACGGUAGGCCGGAGGAAUCCGAGAAGAUACAGGAGUAA